AUGGAUGCAGCGUCACCGGCUCAUAGAGUGGGCGGUCGCCUUGCGCUUUCUGAUCCUGCAGUGAAGAAGAUUGCUCAAGCAAGCUCCUCGCACAACUACUUCGAUGAAUUACCUGAGCUGCAAGGUGAGGAUGAUUGGCAUAAAUGGAGUGAUGCUUUACAGGACGCUGCCUUGAUGGCCGGUGCCGAUGCCAUACUCAAUGGUGAAUCAACACACCCGCUUUCUUUGGACGACAAGCUAUGCACUACAGCAGAAUGGAACGACAAUAUUAAACGGACUGCCGUCUGGCGACGCCGUAAUGAAAGUUUACUGAAAGCCAUGCGCGAUACCAUGGAGUCAGAUGCCGACAUCGAUAUGUUCGGCUCCUUGAACGCCCACAAGGCCUACAUUGGCCUCAAGUCCAGAUACUACGUCUCUGAUAAUCAAAAGGUGAUCAAUUUGUACAACGACGAACUCAUGCUUGCAGAAAUCGACCUUGACGACUCGCCUAAAGAAAUCGCCGAUGACUUUCAAGCCGCGUUUGAAAAAUACAACCACUUAUUUGACCACAACGAAUCACAGCGUCUUCCGGAAAAUUUCUUGAAACUGGAGUUCCUCAACUCACUUGGCAUCGUGUAUGCGGACUGGGUCAGGACUUUGUUGAAAGAGCAUGACGUUCUGGGACUGGAUCAAGGUCCGACUCUGACAUUUAACGAGCUUGUUGAUAUGGCUGUCGUGGAGCACAAUCGAUUGUUGCAAGAAAACACAAGCGAAGGCGUCUCUGCACACGUAAGUGCAAAACACCAGCCAGCAAAGCGCAACAUCUCCGAAGUCGAGGAAGACUCGCAUUCGUCUUGCCGCGUAAUAUGCAGUCUGUCCCAUCAUCAGAACUACAAACAAACACAUACCAAUCAGGAAUGCUACACACAAAAUCCUCGUCUCCGUCCGGAGGGCUGGGAACCUAGCGCCAAUGACAAGAAAUAUCUCGCCAAGCAUUCAGAGAUCGAAGCUCAUCAAGAACCCAGCGUGUCUAAUAGUCUGUUGCCAGCUAAUCGAGAAGCCGAAGCGAGGCAGGAGGUCUUUGACGAGGAAGAAGAGGAAGAAGACGCGCCAGGAGCAGGGCAUAUCAGUGAUGAGACUCGCAAGCUCACUUCGAUGCAUGAGCAAAACUGGAAACAGCUGGCUGCAUCCCGUUUCGCCGAAGUACAAGCUCAGAGAGAUUUCGUCACCCGCACUCUGGAAGACAAACAAACAAAGAAGCUUCGCAAACACGCACCAUCUCAAGAUCUCCUGUCCGGGAUGUGGCUGCUUUUCGCGCAGGAUCUCAAUAUCGAAAAGUUCGGUCAUUGUCACAUGCGGCUUUUGGAGUCAACUACGAUCAAACAAAAGCAACAACAGAUCCAACAGUAUCGAGGGACCUUGACCAUCGGACCAUACAAAAACCCAGAAACCUUCGAAGUUCUUACCUUCAAACCUUCACCACGAAUCACUGGCCGCCCGUUGCAAAUCCACUUCAGACAGUCUAACGGUAUGUCGCAUUCAGGCGAAGCGACAUUCUGGGGCAACGGGAAGAUGUCUUGCAAGGUUCCAGCACCUUGUAGCAAUGGGCAACAGGGUAUCUUUUCCUUCGUCGAAGUCGUGGGUAUCUACUCAGAGUCUGUUACUCAAGAAUCUCGCGAUGGGAACCAUGAUGAUGAUAGUGACGACGGGAGUAGUAGUGAUGUUGAAGAUGAAGAAAGGCAGAACGCCGGAAACAGCGGAACUGAUGCCGAGAGCGAUCGAGCCAAUUCCAAAAGAAUGAAUCAGAGUCGUCAGGAGAACUCGCGGAACCUGAAGUUGGCUGGAGCUCGCAUGGCCGAGGUGGAGACUCAGAAGACAAUCGCUCUUCGCUCCAUCACAAAACCCAAAGGAGUGGUACCAUGUGGGCCUAUAUCUGGUCUAUGGCGGCUCUAUACGCCUGAGUACAAUCCUGGUCCCACUGGCCAUCAUCAUAUCGGCUUUUGGGAACACAUAGCUCAGCGCAAUGGUAACCAUCAUAAUUACCAUUGUCAGCUGUCAAUUGGGCCGCGCGAAAAUCCUAUUGUUUAUCGAACCAACCAACUCUCGCCUUCCCAUGUAGUUAAAGGCAAUGCCUUGCAACUCAACUUCCCCGGGAAGAGUCUUCCGCGAGGAUAUGUCACACUGUGGGGCGCCGGAAAGAUCUUUGUGGUAUUGCCUGCAGCUGUUCUCCAAGGCUACAAAGGAACUUCGAAGCACCUCACUUUCGCAGGUAUCUGGAGCGGAUCAUCAGAGUAUGUGCCUCGCAAAGUAUCCAAGAAAAAGCGUGUGAAAACCCAGGAGGUUAGGCACGAUCUGGUUAUGAGAGCAGAAGAAACCACUGAUGUAGCUGUCAAACUCGAAGAUGAGGACACGGACAUGAUCAUCAAGAACGAGCCUUCUGAUUCCGACUCCAAUGACUCCCACGAAGAAUGGGCCGACGAUGUCGCAACCACCAGGGUAGCCGUACAGAAACAAAGGGAUGCCCUUCGCGGAGGUCUCGUAUCCCCUCUUCAUUCUCUGUCCGGUAAAUGGUACCUACACUCUGCGGAUUACAAUCCAGGACUUGACAAAGAAGUCGCCAUCUCCUUUUACUCUCGUCAAGAGCAUGACAACUCUGAGAGAAUGUGUGCUCCCGGUCAUUGCAAGUCCACUUCUGAUCAAAUUCGUUACUGUGGCGAGCUGCGCUUCAAGGCGCCUGUUGGAGAACGUGACAUCCACUGUCUCAUCAAGCAGUUCGACGUACCAAAGGAGGCCUCACUUGUCCCUGUUAGGAUCGAGAUGUGGGAUCCUCUCAAGAAGCGAACUGUCUUCAUGAGUGCAUGGUUCUUUGGUGAUGGCAAGAUGCGCAUGAGUAUACCGACUCUAUGUAUUCGAGACUACCUUGGUCAAAACACUAUGAUCACCUUUGACGGACUCAAGUAUGGAUGGACAAGCCAUGCUGAAUGAGCGGGUUUCUGGCUGGUGAGGAUCUCAAAGGUCGAGGAGGCCAAGAUACGGUACGUGGAAUACGCAAUGUUUUAACAUAUGAAGUCAUACCCGGUGAGGGCUCGCU